AUGACAAGGGGGUCUUCUGGCGCUUCUGGAUUGGCUAACUCCGCCGCUUCGAAAACAACUUCAGCGACGGACGCAGCGGAAACAGUUAAGCACGCUUCUCCUUCAUUCGCGAUCCGUGGUCGCUUUCUUCCCCCAGCGAUGGUGAUUAUUUCUAAAUCUUCAUCGUCCAGGCGGGGCUGCCUCCUUGGAGGCGGCGCGUUUGGAGGCGAUGGGAGUCUCUCUCUUUCCCCUCGAUCACGAGACCUCGACCUCCGGGGUUUUUUUGACCUCUUGCCUCUCGACCUCGAACGCGACCUUCUGGGAGAUCUGCUUCGGUGCUGCCUGAGUGACGGCAAUCUAGUUGUCCGCUCUUGCUUCUUCGAUUCCAGUCUGCUCCUCAAAUCUCCGGGGGCAAGAUUUUCAAUGCUCAUCUGA